AGUGGUGCGGUCCGGACAGUGCCGCCUGCACGCGCCAGUUUGUUUUCCAGGAAGAACUGACAGAAAAUGAGCAACAUCUACAUCCAGGAGCCGCCCACCAACGGCAAGGUGUUAUUGAAAACAACAGCCGGAGAUAUUGACAUUGAGUUAUGGUCAAAAGAAGCCCCUAAAGCUUGCAGGAACUUUAUUCAGCUUUGUUUAGAAGGGUAUUACGAUAAUACUAUAUUUCACAGAGUUGUUCCCGAAUUCAUAGUCCAGGGAGGUGAUCCAACAGGCACUGGUACAGGAGGAGAGUCAAUAUAUGGAAAACCAUUUAGGGAUGAAUUCCAUUCACGUCUGCGCUUUAAUCGGCGAGGGCUGGUUGCCAUGGCGAAUGCCGGACCUCAUGAUAAUGGGAGCCAAUUUUUCUUUACACUUGGUCGUGCUGAUGAGCUUAAUAGCAAGCACACUAUCUUUGGAAAGGUUACUGGAGACACCAUAUACAAUAUUUUAAGAUUGACAGAAGUGGACAUUGAAGAUGAGAGGCCGACCAAUCCACAUAAAAUAAAGACCAGCGAGGUGCUGUUUAAUCCCUUCGAUGAUAUAGUUCCAAGAGUAAUAAAACAGCUGAAAAACGACUCUCCGGAGGAAGAGACUAAGCUGCCAAAGGUGAAAGGCACAAAGAACUUCAGUUUACUUUCUUUUGGAGAAGAAGCAGAAGAGGAAGAAGAAGAGGUUAAUAAAGUCAGUGAGACCUUGAAAGGAAAGAGUAAAAGUAGCCACGAUCUCCUAAAGGAUGACCCUCGACUAAGUUCAGUUCCAGCUAUCGACAACACGAAAGUCUCUGUGCAGUCUGGCAGCGACAGUGAUGAGGAAAGCACAAGUGAAGAAGAAGAAGAUGAUGCAGAUGAGAUGGACAGCGAUGAAAAACAUCAGAUGAAAGAUCGCAUAUCCAGCAAACUGAAAAAAGACGCCAAUAAAAGCACAAAGCUGUCUGUAAAACCAGCGGAGGAGCCGGUGGAAAAGAAAAGUAGCCGCAGUGAAGAACUACGAAAAGAAGUGCGGCAGCUACAACGAGAACUAAAGGCAGCCAAAAGGAAAAAGGAAGAAGAUGCAAAAGAAUAUGAAAAAGUGAAAGAAGCAAAAGAGGCGGAAAGAACAAUAACGAACAGCGCUCUGGGCGAAUAUCUGAAGGAGAAAGAAAAGUAUGAAGACUGCAGGAAGAAAAAUACAAAGAAAGGGACAUCCAGAGAGCAACAGACUUUGGCUCUUUUGGACCAGUUUAAAUCAAAACUGACGCAGGCAAUAUCUGAAACACCAGAAGAAGACGUUGUAUCAGAGAUCGAAGAAGACGAUGAUAAAGGAUGGAUGUCUCACGUGCUUCAGUUUGAUGAGAAAAGUCGGAAGGUCAAAGAUGCCACCAUGCAAGAUGAAGACACGUUUGAGAUAUACGAUCCACGGAAUCCGGUCAAUAAAAGGAGAAGAGAAGAAAGCAAGAAGCUGAUGAAGCAGAAGAAAGAAAGGCGAUAAAUGAGUCCUGCAUUGUAAGACAUACAGUAUCUAUUCAUACCCUGUUUGGAGUCAGCCCUAAAAUGCUAUUCUUGUGCAUUUUUAUGUAGGAAGCAAUUCUCUAUUAAAGAAUGCAAGAAUAACUUUCAGAGAAUUUCAACAGAAGUAACCGUGUACAAAAUUAGUGUUGCCCACAUCAAUCAGUCAUGCAUCUUUUCUGUCCUUGUUACCUUCCUUAGAGCCAUCCAUUUAUCGAAACAGGAGAGCAGGAGAUGAAGGUUAAGAACAACCUGUAGCCAGAGCAGUACGAUGUUAGCACAGAGAAUCGAUAUGUUUAUAGGUGAAAGAGCUAGGAAACAUGAGGGGAAAUGUAUUAAGCGUUCUAGAGAGUGGAGAGGUUGCACAUAGCAACCAAUUUAUACGUAGCAUUUAUCAAGUACAUGAUAUAAAAUUAUAGGUAGAAGCCAAUUGGUUGCUAUGGGCAACUUCACUCUUAAGCAGGCUUGAUACAUUUUCCCUUAAGCGUCCAACUGAGCCCUCUAAAUGUUAACAGCAGCACCGAGUAAUUUGAGGCUUUUGUAAAAUUGCCGUUGACCCCAUUUUUAUGUGAAAUAAACAAAUACAUUAAGCAUGUAGUUUAAGUCACCAGCAUUUAAAUGUACAUGUUUUCUAGCUUCUCUGAUGUUGCACAGUACGUGUCGGGCGUAGUAUUGUACUCAGUAAAAUUAUUUUAAGGUUAUGUGUUUUUCUUUACAGUGUACAAUAAAUAAAAUGUUUUGAGCUGA